AUGGCCACCAUGCAACAAUUUAAACGGCUCUCCGCGUCUCGGGGAUGCACAAAUGUAUACGGCUCUCGUUUCGCGUCAGAACACAUGCCCUGUGAAGAGCUUCCAUACGAUGAGAUGCCCAAGGAGACAGCUUACCGCAUGAUCAAGGAUGACCUUGUUCUUGAUGGGAAUCCUAUGUUGAAGUCAGUAACUAGUGGAAUCCUGAGCACGAGGCAUAAAUUAUGGAUCGCCAAGCUAACUCUGCGACAGCCUCGCAAGUUUCGUCACAACGAGGACGAAGCCGAGAAGCUGAUCUCCGAAUCCUCGAACAAAAAUGUCAUCGACCACGAAGAGUACCCCAAAUCCGUGGAAAUCGAGCAACGCUGCUUGAAAAUGCUCGGAAAUCUUUUCCACGCCCCAACACAAGACGGGAAGACCACAUCAAUCGGGACGGCCUGUAUCGGCUCAUCCGAAGCGAUCAUGCUAGCCGUCCUCGCGAUGAAGAAACGAUGGAAGAACCAGCGCAAAGCGGCAGGCAAGGACGCCUCAGAACCGAAUAUCAUCAUGAGCACGGGAGUUCAGGUUUGCUGGGAGAAGGCCGCGAGAUACUUCGAGAUCGACGAGAAACUGGUUCCGUGCACGGAAACACGAUACGUUAUCGAUCCUGCUCAGGCGGUUGAGCUGGUGGACGAAAAUACCAUUGGUAUCUGUGCUAUCCUGGGCACCACUUAUACGGGACAAUACGAGGAUGUGAAGGGAAUCAAUGAUGCCUUGGUCGAGAAGGGACUCGAUACCCCGAUCCAUGUGGAUGCGGCCAGCGGAGGCUUUGUCGCUCCUUUUGUCAACCCGGACCUGGUUUGGGAUUUCCAACUGCCGAAUGUGGUAUCGAUCAAUGUUUCUGGUCACAAAUAUGGACUGGUAUACCCCGGCAUAGGAUGGGCUCUCUGGCGCUCACCAGAAUACCUCCCCGAAGAACUCAUCUUCAACAUCAACUACCUCGGCGCAGACCAGCUAAACUUCACGCUGAACUUCUCCAAACCAGCCUCCCACAUCAUCGCCCAGUAUUACCAGAUGAUCCGUCUCGGCCGACGCGGAUACCACGCCAUCAUGAGCAACCUCACCCACACAGCAGAUUACUUCACCGAGCAACUCAAAGAAAUGGGCUUCACGAUCAUGAGCGACAACGGUGGAAAGGGUCUUCCCGUCGUUGCGUUCCGUCUCGGCUCAGCACAACACCUCUUCUUUGAUGAAUUUGCGCUCGCACACAAACUGCGAGAACGCGGGUGGAUUGUUCCUGCGUAUACCAUGGCGGCGGACUGCGAGAAGAUGAGCAUGAUGCGGGUUGUUCUGCGUGAAGAUUUUACGCAGAGUCGUUGCGAUAGUCUGGUUCGUGAUAUCCAGGUUGCUUUGAAGGUGUUGGCGGAGCAGGAACUUGCGAAUAUUCAGCGGUAUCAUGCGUGA